AUUUAUCUCUCUUCCUGUCCAAUUCGAGAAUGCAGAUUACCUCUAUGGUCAUGUGAGCUUCGUCUAAUUCCAGCAAAUACUAUUAAUAAAGUUUUCGCGAGCUAUAGAAUACAGCAACACGUAAAACUGAUCAACAUGUAGCAAAGAAAGCCAAAAUAUAUAAGAAAUGUUCAUAAAUACACUUUUGCGAUCAAUUAUAAACACCAAACUCAAUCAGACACAACGAUCAAGCAAUCUGCAAGAGCAGUGCUCAGCAUUGGCGUUAGACGGUGAAGAAGAAUGUUACUUUUCAUUUCGAAUGUGAUUCUAAUCCCAUACGAAGCAAAGUUGUGCUGCAAACAAGCAACUGCUCGAGAACGAGAUUUGGCGAAAUUACAUCUUUCAAUAACCGUGACAUUCUAUGGGUGAAUUGCGUACGAAUGAGGCUCGCCUCAUCACUAUUGAGAAAGAAAUGCGAAGAACACAAGUAAAAAAUCUCGGCUUACUUCCAAUUCAGUACUACGUCAGCACACUUUGUUGGUGCGGACAUUUGUAUCCAACGGGUACGACGAAUGAUACUGUUUAUUGUUGGUAGUUACUGGGGGGCAAGUGUUGCGAAAUGUUUGUCUGGCUCUGACAAUGAUCGAAAUAUUGUACUCUUUUCUUCGAUGGGUCAAUGUAGCACCACCAUCGUCAAAGUUCCUAUUAACAUGAGCGUUUCAAGGUGAAAAAUGUGUAUACAAGGUGGUUGACAUGGGCUGCGUUGUUUCCGCAUUAAAACGUCAUGAUGUUGUAACAUCUCACACUUUCGACGGCAGGGUAAAAGAUUCUGGAUUUCUUAAGGUGCAGCUUGCGUGAUAAUGCUUUGGAGCACAUAUCCUCAAGUCUUUUUUGACAAGCACUUUGAUGACAAGCCAUUUUAAUCGCAACAGAAAAAAAAAGGAACGACUUGACGGCUCUAUGACUUUGCAUUGAGUAACUUUUAAACAGCAAAUGUCAAUGACGAUAUAAUAGGCACUUCGCUCUUUGUGACACGCCUUGAUUAAUGAAUAGCGUCAGGGAAGGUGUACGUUCGUUAUAGCAAUUGUUUAUCAUGUGUUGAUAAUUAACGUCAUGACUUGGAGUCUCCUCGAAUUCGAACCAUCAUUUGGUGCCUCGGUGGAGCAAAAAGCUGCUUUGCUGGAAGUUGUUCGCGUGGAAAUGCUUAUUAGUGAAGUCAGUACUAUAGCAAUAUCGUCUGUUAGUCUUGAUUGCGGUGCGGAAUGCCGUCCGGCUCAUUUGUUAGACCAGAGGAAACAAAUUAUCGAGCAAGUCGGUGCCGAAAGAAGAGAAACUGGAAUUGCAUUCUUAAAGUCUAUAAAGCUUUAUUUCUCUGUUGUAUGAUUCUUUCAUAUGAGUGGCGAAUCAAGA